AUGGGAAGACGGAAUCUCUUCUGGGGGCUUCUGAUUCUGGGAAUCUGUUUGGCCGAAGCCAGUAAGUGGACUGGGAGUGGAUUUGUUUACUUUAUUUUUACAUUGUAAUGUUGCUUUGUAGGAGUUCGAUUAUCUGUUAGUAAUAAAACCCCCAAAGAAGGAGCUGACACCAAGAAAGACGGGAAAUGUUGCUGUCACAUCUGUUUAGUAAGUCCUGUUUUUAUCUAAUAAGUUUUAUCAGCAUUACAAUAUAUAUGACAUUGCAGGAUUGCCCAUGUUGUUCGUGUAAACAGGAGUAUUUCAAAUCCAAGAGAACACUUCUAGGAUCUGAAGACAGAAAACUCAAUUUUGCCGCUGAUGCUACCCCGUUGACCCCACCGACACAGUCAGGUUCCCCCACAACCGCAGUGGUUACAGCUAAAACUGAUAUACCGAUCACUACUACGACUGGUUCUACAACAACGGAUACAACUACGCUUGCUACUACGACUACACCAUCAAGUACCCCAGAAACCCAACCAACAGCCACUUCGGGCUAUGCUACAACUCCUUGUGGAACCACCCAGCCCACGUACGCGACUCAGCCCACCUAUGCCACCCAGCCUACUUAUGCCACAGCCCCGACCUACGCCACCUCUCCGACCUACGCGACCCCACCUCCCGCUUAUCCGACCCCGCCUCCCUGUGUUACCCCAACCAAUCCCGGGUAUCCAGCCCCAUCUUGUCAAGUCAGCUUGGAAAGAGUCUGUUACCACUGUCCUUGCCUCGGGCAAUGUGCAUUGGUCCCUAGACAACAGUGUAAUUGUAUCGCCAAUCCUAUACAAUAUCAUUGCCGUAAGUGUACCAAAAUAUAAGCAGCAAUGUAAUACAAAUUUCAGAGCCUCCACAACAAAUUCUUGUUGAUUCUCUCCAGAUUAAUGUCUACUAUGGUCAAGGAUUCAAUCUCUCGUCCGAUCUGAACACCUUUGUCUGUCAGUCGUAUCCAGCACCCCCCGCUCCAGGCCCUUACAAUCCAGGGGUUCCAGGAUAUCCCUCAGGCCAACCUUCAGGACAAAACCAAUGGUGGAAUGGUCAGCCGGGAUACAUUCAGCCUGGCCCCGGCCCUUACAAUCCACCAGUGCCAAUCCCCACUCCAGGCCCUCCACAGCCAAUCACCGGUGCUCCUCCCGCUCCACUUCCCCCACAACCACCAGUUCCAAUCACAUUCCCUCCCCAACCUGCUCCAAUUCCCCCAGUUCCCACCCAAAUCCCCUACAAUCCAGUUCCUCCUUUCCCAACCAGACUUCCACCUGGGCCACCAGGUCCUUAUUACCCACAGCCACCAGCGCCUUGGCCUCCAGUUCCCACGGUAGUCCCACCAGUGCCAGUGCCAGUCUACCCCUUCCCUCCAGGUCCACCAGUCCCAAUCGUCAGCACUGUUGUCCCUCCAGUCCCGGUCUAUCCCCUGCCCAAUGGAACCACUCCAGUCUACGCUUCGACCAGUCCAUCUGCCUACGUUCAGCCCAGCUCGACCACCAAGAAGCCCUCCAGUGCUUCAUCGAUCUCUCAACUUCUGACGAUGGCCGUGAUCGUGGUCUCAUUCCUCUUGACAUGCUUCUAA